GGCACCCCACGGAGAAGAAUUACAUAUAGCGACACGCCGUCACCAAGUAUACCUCGUUUGACAUCUACGUAUCUAUCGACUGGGAUCCGCGUCUCGUCUCUUUUCGGACUCUCAUCGAUCUUGGGACCGAACCACUGAUCCUGAUCGCAAAGCCAACAGUAUCGAGCAACCGGGUUACAGAUACUUUAUAUACCAUAUAAACCCGAGCCACAGACCGACAGCCACCAUGGGAGAAGACCUCCCCAUCCCCCGGAAACUAUGGGAGCACCCGGACCCGAAGAGCACAGAAAUGUACAAAUUCAAAACGAGCCUAGAAAAGAAGCUCGGCACAACAUUCAAGGACUACGACGCCCUGUACGACUGGUCGGUCACCCACCGGUCCGACUUCUACAGGUACACGUUCCAGUAUUUUCCGCUCGUUUAUUCCGGGACAGUCCCCAAUCCAGUUGUGGAUGAGUUUGCACCCAUGGACACCAUCCCACGCUGGUUCACGGGCGUCAAGAUGAAUUUCGCCGAGAACAUUCUCUUCUCCGGAGACAAGACUGGCCAAAAAGUCCCUAGCGCCGCCAAAGCGGACAACAAGAUUGCGUGCACGCAGGUCCGGGAAGGUAGCUUCCUCGAACCGAUUCAGCAAUUCACAUGGAAGAAUCUGCGGCAAAGGGUGGGGCGACUGUCUCAAGCGAUGAAGGCGCGUGGUGUUAAGAAGGGAGACCGGGUUGCCAUUGUUGCAAGCACGAGUAUCGAUACGUUGACCGUGUUUCUUGCUUGCGCAACGCUGGGUGGGUUGUUCAGCUCGAGUAGCACAGACAUGGGGGUGAAGGGAAUCCUGGACAGACUCAGGCAAAUCAAACCAACUUUCUUAUUCAUGGACGAUUGGGCUGUGUACAACGGCAAGAAAGUCGAUCUGCGGCCGAAGAUGAAGGACAUCAUGGCCGGGAUGAGCGGUGUGACUGAGUUCCAGGGAAUCGUGUCUCAAGUGCGAUUUGAACACUCUCCUGCCGACAUUUCGUCGGUACCCCGAACACAGACGUGGUCAGACUUUACAUCCGCGGCGAAAUCUGAUGCGCUCGAGUUCGAACCGACUGACUUUUCGGACCCAUUUCUGGUCGUGUACUCGUCCGGCACAACGGGGCAGCCGAAAUGUAUCGUUCAUGGCAUUGGCGGUGUUGUUUUGAACGGACUCAAGGAGCUCACUCUCCAUCGGUCGAUCGGUCCGGAGUCGGUUCAAUUACAGUACACGACGACGGGUUGGAUCAUGUACACGGCCAGCGUGCAGGCCUUGCUCGGCGGUGCUCGGAUGGUCAUGUACGAUGGAAGUCCGUUCCUGCCUGACAAUACGACCUUUUUGAAACUGAUGGCCCAUGAAAAAGUGACGCAUUUGGGUACGAGUCCGCGGUUUUUGCAGACGCUGCAGGCCAACAAGCUCGUGCCCAAGAAGGUGGCAGAUCUCAGUCACCUAAAGGUCGUCUCGAGCACUGGCAUGGUCUUGUCCGAACAAUUAUUUGAGUGGUUCUAUGACGAGGGAUUUCCGCCUUCGGUGCAGAUAGACAAUAUCUCUGGCGGGACGGAUCUGGUGGGUUGCUUCGGGGCGGGCGUUCCUCUCCUGCCGGUCUAUGCUGGUGGGUGUCAAGGACGCUCUCUCGGCGUACCGGUCAAGGUGUACGAUCAGACGAUCGACGGUGGGAAGGGUGCGGAAGUCGAGGACGGCGUCCCCGGCGAGCUGGUCUCCUAUGCGGCGUUUCCUACCAUGCCCAUCACUUUCAUGGGGGAGAAUGGUCCAAAACGGUAUUUCGACAGCUAUUUCGCUCGGUUUGACCAUGUCUGGACGCACGGCGAUUUCAUCAUGAUACACCCGGUCACGAAGCAAGUGAUGUUCUUGGGACGGUCCGAUGGCGUGCUCAACCCGAGUGGUGUGCGGUUCGGAUCUGCGGAAAUAUACAGUAUUGUCGAGGCCAAGUUCGCCGAUCAGAUCAGCGACAGUAUUUGUAUUGGGCAGAGAAGACCUACCGAUACGGACGAGCGGGUGAUUUUGUUCCUGUUGAUGAAGCCGGGCCAUGAAUUCACGCCGAAAUUGGUCAGGGAGGUCAAAGAGGCGAUUCGGAAGGAGACGAGUCCUCGACAUGUGCCUAAGUUCGUGUUUGAGACGGAGGAUAUUCCGACAACCGUCAAUGGAAAGAAGGUCGAAUUGCCGGUCAAGCAGAUCGUGUCUGGGAAGGUCAUCAAGCCUUCUGGUACGCUGCUGAAUCCGGAGAGUUUGGACUAUUACUAUAGGUUUGCGAAGGAUGAGAAUCUGGUUGAUGUCACUGAGAUGAAAGCGAAAUUGUAGGUGCGUCAUAUACUAUACCGUAGAUAGCGACCGGGAUAGGUACCUAGGUAUGAAAACAUGGCCUGAAUCCUGGUCUUGGUAAGUUGGCAGCUGCAUAAGAUCGUAUGUGCUGGUGUCCGAGUGACA